GAACUGCAUGCACCACAGCCUACCGCUGUUGAUCCUUCCGUUGCGCCAGCGCCGCUGCAGCUGCUGGAGGAGAACCGAGAUCCCAAGCCACCUCAUCAGAGGCAUGUCUACAUGGACAUGGGUGCCAAUUGGGCCAACACCUUGCGCUUGUAUGCGGAUAUCUCGCAUAGAUCCCACCGAGAUGCUGCCUGGGAGGUGUACGCCUUUGAAGCGAACCCUUUCAUCCAACCCUAUGUGGACAAGUUCGCCCGUUUCCUGAAUGGACAGGGGCCCAAACCCCCUGUGCUCAUCCCUCCGGCAGGGUCAAAUGGCCACUUGAACGAGCUUGCCAAGAGGUUCCGCUGCAGGAAGAGCAACACAGCUGCCACGCGAAACUGCAUGGUGAAACUCUUUGAGCCACGAAUCCGUGCGCUGAAGGCUGACUCUGAGCUCAGCAAUGCGGGGUUGAUCCGAGAAAGGAUGAGUGAAGCUGCUAGGCCGCCUGAAGAUGCAAAGAAGUCGCGCUACACGUUCAUCCCUGCAGCUGUCGGCUCAGAGGAUGGGAUCCUGACAAUGCCCGAGGACGUCGCGAAAACAGUGCUGAUUCGUGGCGGUUCUGCAAAGAACAGACGUUCGUCGCAAGGGUAUCACAUUGCCAUAGUCAACGUGGUCCGAUGGAUGAUAGAAAAUUUCCGUGAGUCGGACUACGUGGUGAUCAAGAUGGAUGUGGAGGGUGCCGAACAUGGUAUCCUUUCUGGGCUUCUGGACCGCGGCAAGCUAGGAAUCAUCGACAUUCUGGCUUAUGAGUGCCACGCCGCAAGGACAAGCACAGCGUGCAAGGACUUGAACCGGCGUUUGGAUGCGGCCGCUGUUGCCUCCAAGACAAAGAUUCUGCGUGAGGCACAGGGCUACCAGGGUUGGGAUCAAUUCUCAACACCUGAUAAGUACUAUCCAUCUGACCCUAGAUCUGACAAGUUUCAGAGCAAUGGCUAG